AUGGAGAUUCUCAAGUCUAUCGAUUACGUCGGGGCCUUUUUGUCUAUUGUCGGCCUGACUCUCUUCCUGGUUGCCCUUCAGGCCGGCGGGUACUCUCAUCCUUGGUCCUCAGCCUACGUUCUAUGCCUUCUUCUGAUCGGCAUCUUUAUGAUCAUCGCAUUCUGCAUCUGGGAGGCCAAGUUCGCAAAGUGUCCAAUGGUCCCAGGUGACUUAUUCAAAGGACAACCUGUCGUCGCAGUAGCCUUCCUGGUGGCCUUUGUAGGCGGCUUGAACUUUUACUCGUCCAUCAACUUCUACCCGCUCGAGGCACUGACUGUGUUUGAUCCGGCUCCUGUUCAGGUUGGCCUCAAGGGCUUGGCAUCUGGUCUCGGUAUCACCAUUGGCGCCACGGUCAUCAAUGGGGCGCUGUCGUGGUUUAAAGGAAAUGCUAGAGAGCUGCUCCUUUUCUCAUGUGUUAUGAUGACUGCCUUUGGAGGAGCCUUGGCUGCGGUGACACCUGACACUCCUGCUUUGAUCUAUAUCUUUGGCGUCUUUUCUGGCAUUGGAGUCGGCGGUGUCCUCGUUCCAGCGGCAACCGUUGCAAUUACGGUUGCACCAGACGAACUCAUCGCCACGUGUGUCGCCCUCUCACUAUCCAUUCGUGUCGUAGGUGGCUCCAUCGGUUACAGCAUCUACUAUAACAUCUUUUACCACAAGCUCAAAUCCAAGCUUCCCUACGUCGUUGCCGACUAUGCUAUCAAAGCAGGGCUUCCUCUCACCUCUGCCACGCAGUUUGUCACUGCCUACAUUCUUGAGCCUUCUGCUCUAGCUUCUGUCCCUGGCGUCACUCCUGAGAUACUGAAGGCUGCAGCUAUUGGCAGCCGCUGGGGAUACGCAUACGCCCUGAAAUAUGUGUGGUUGACUAGCAUUGCUUUUGGAGUCUGUGCCAUUGUCGCAUGCGCCUUUAUCGGGAACACCAAGAAGUACAUGACUAACCGUAUUGCCGCUCGUAUUGCUCACUGA